AUGGAGGUAGUCUACGUCCAGCCUCAAGACUUCUCGCCAUACCACUCCGGCGACACCAUACGUGCAACGCAAUCAACCGAAGACGAGGUCAACAGAAUAAUGGAUUGGAAUUAUGGCCUCGCCAAGACUGAUGCCCCUCGCAACAUCUACAGUGGCGGCGGUACAAGGACCACCCUAACCCACCGCCCGCGCUAUGUCGACAUGGACGAUGACCCAAUCAUCUUGCGCCGCAGCGUCACAACCUCGACGAUAAUAGAAGGAUCGCCAUUUUCUUCAUCAUCGGGAUCGCCGCCGAGUGCACCCAAGGCAGAUAGCAGCAUCUCAGCCUCGUCGGCGGGCAUGUAUGGUCUCUUGGGCGCUGCUGUUGGAGCUGCUGCCGGAGCUGCCAUGACCUACGGCAUGAUGACUAAGGACCGGUCGCAAGCCCCACGUCAAGAGUUUGGCUCUGAUAGUGGUCCCGUCCCUUCUGUCCAGAGGAGGAGCACUUUUCCUGAACAAAAAGUCAACUUUGUAGCAGCUCCUCAAUAUCACCACCCACCACCACCAAUGCCUGGUCAGCGCUAUGUCGAGCUGGAGCGUACGGUUGAGAAGAUACGGUACCCUGAGGAUUUUGCUACCAAUGGCCACUACCCUCAACCGCCUGCCUAUGUGGCACGUUACAGCCAGGCCGGGGCUCCACCAAGUAAAAAGGGAGAUGUUUUUGACGAUAGCAAAAGCCGCUACUCGACUUCUUCCAAGUACCGCGGCGAUCGCCUCAUCCGCGAAGCCCCAGCCGUGGGACAAGUGCCCCUCCUCUUGACCGAGGCAGAGCACCGCAGCCAUGUCGGCUCGUCCAUCUCAAGGCACAGCACAGUGAAGCCGCCGCCCUCGGAGCAGCGCAGCUACGUCGGCUCCAAAUAUGCUCCCAGUACCAAGCCGCCUCCCGCGGCCCCCAACCCGCCACCCCCAAUGUCCACCACGCGCCGCAGCACAUACGAGACUGCCACAGACCGCGACACAUAUGUCUCGGCGCGCAGUCAUCGCUCCUCCAGCACCCUCCGCGCCGACCCCGCGCCGCGCCCCGAGCCUGGGGUCUAUGGCUCUUACCCACCCCCGGCAGGGUCGAGCAGAGGCUCGAGAGCCGCCACCAGGACCAAGUCGUCGUCCGCAAUGCGCGGGCGGGACCGUGAUCUCAACGAGACGUCCAAGGACCGAUCCCACAGCCGUGCGUCCACCAAGUUUGAGCGCCAGUUCCCCAUGCCCAACAACCCCGUCGCGCGUCACUAUCCGCUUCCGCCCUCUCAUGACGGCAGGAGUCUCUAUUCGGAAGUGCCGGCUCCGCAGAAGAGCCACAGGUCAUCCUCUGGACGCAAGAGCCACUACCGCGAAUCCCAGCCGCUGACGCGCAGCGCCUUGGACGAGAACGAUCGUGCCACCUGGGAGGAGUGGGAUGAGGAUGACGACGCGGUCAGUCUGGCCCCGAGCGAUAGCAUCAGCUGCGUUGGCAGUAAGAAGAGUAGUCGGUCGCGCCGCUAA